AGCCGCCACGUCAUUCUUCUGAGGUCGUAGACAGUUCAAAGGUUAAAAGCUACGGAGUACACGUGAUAUACAUGUUGACAUAAAUGCAACAACAUAACGUCGUGUAUCAAUAUGGGGAAGAAAAAGAACCGUGAUAAGAAAUUGGAGAAAGCGGGUAACAGUGCCGGAGAGAAAAAAAGUGCCAAGAAGCAGAAGCGAGAUGCUCGCCCCCUUAAAGAUCAUCAAGAAGACCACCUCGAACACAUUCCUUUCAGGCUGCGGGAGAUCAUGAAGAGCAAGGACAGGAUAAAAACUGGUGCUAAAAAAGCAGGCUUUGGCGCAUUCCCUAAAAGAAAGCCAGAGCCGUCCGAGAUCGAAGACAUACCCGUCCCACAUUUCAAGAAAAGAGAGGACGAAGGUGUAAAGCAGUACUUGAGUCGCAUGCAGAUGGAGUCCGAGCAUGUCUUAUUCCUCACCAACAACCAAGUGGAAAGGAAACCUGAACUGGAUGAAGAUAAUGAACAAGAGAAGCCUGUCGACCAUGGCAAGUCUAAAAAAAAGAAAGAGUAUGACCAAUUAAGAUUACAAAAACGAAAGCAGAAGAAGUUGGACCAACAAGAGGCCAGGGUGGAAAAAGAGAGGUUCAAAGAUGAUAUUCCCUUUGGAGAGGUUUCCAUGGAACCACCUUCUCUGACCAGCAAACCCAGGAAAGCACCCAUCAAACCUCAGAAGGCUACUAAAGACCUGCUUCUCAACUCGCUGCUCGGCUACACGAUGGCGUCCACCGCCAGUCCCUCCAUGGCCAGGCAGAGGAUCAUGGAGGAGGAGAGGGAGCGGGCAGUGCAGGCCUACCGCCUCCUAAAGAAACAGAAACUGCAGCGACAGGAACAGGCUAGGACUGCAAAUGUCAAGGGUCUCCAGUGAUGGAAGUCAGUGUCUUCAUUUAUUUUCUUCUAAGUGCAUUAGUGACUGUGCAAAGAGCAGUACAAUGCGGGUGAAAGUCAGGAGGAAGCAGACAUGUGCAUCUGAGCACAUAUUCAAAUAAUGUUGUCUUGAAAAGACAAAUACGUAUCAUGAUGUACAAUAUGCUCACAAGCAUCUUUACAUGUGUUCUCACCUUGGAUUAUGUCCAUUCAUUUUUUACAAGAUAAUACAUACAAGGUUGCCUAAUGUGUAUACAGUACCUCUAAGAUGCACUAGGUGGCAGUGUUUCAUUAAAGGAUUUUCAUUAAAUUGAAAAAAUGUAAGUACAUUUUGUCUGAGUUAUUUUUACUGAGUUUUAGUUGACCGACAAAUAUUACCAGAUUGUGAGAAAAAUACACAUUUAGUAUCCUAUACAGAAUCUCCAUCUUCUCAUUUAUAACACAUUUUCCUCAUAUCGGAAUUCAUGUAAAAUGUAUUUGGUCCAGUCUCAAACUGCUGCCUCCAUAAACUUUAUGAACUGUAUAGUAUACAAAAAUAAAGUGGAACU